AUGUUCGUCUUGUUCGCCCUAGUGGCGCGGGCGACAAUCGUGGUGAAAAAAUUCGUCGCCAAAAUUAACGCAUGCGCAUCUAAUACGCUAACGAAUCGUGGAUACCUGAUCGGGGAAAUUAAUAUCCAAAGGGUUGAUUCAAACGGUCCAUCCUCGAGGAGAGGAAACAACGUGGUUGUGCGCGAGAAAGGGGCUCGAAGAAGCCUGCGAGUACGGCGUCAGGAGAUCGCGGGGCCCUCCUCUGAAAGAAGGGGCUCCGCGCGAGAAGGGGCACGUAAACGUAGUACCCCUGGACCCGUCGUGGUGUUGUCCGCCGGGGGUGGCGGUGGUGGUGGGGGCGGAGGUGGGUGCAGACGCCGUGACUUGGAACGACGCGGAGGUGGCGGUCGGGGGGCUCCCUGCCUUGCCACCAUCAGCUCCUCUGUCGCGGGGAGCGCGGGGGGUUGUGGCCCUGUGGUGGGGCUUCCCUCCUAUAAAAAGCGUCAAGGUAGCGGCGCCGCCUGGGGUCGUGGUAGCCGUGGCCGCGGCAGAGGUCGCGGGGGCGGCGCGAGCCUCCUCGGCUCAGGCGUCGCCCCCGCGAAUUACAAUUCAGGACUGCAGGGCGUAGCGCCUGAACUGCGAGAGGUGGUGAACAUUCUUGGGGAGAGGAACCAGGUCGGCACGCUGACAGGCGUGGGCCCGCCGCCGGGGGCGUUGGACAGCGACGGCCAGGGGGACGAGGAGGAGGGCACCUCGACGAAAAGGCCGCCUAGGCCCCUCUACAGGAGGCUGAUCAAUUACGUCCGCCAGGCGUGGACCGGAGUGAAAUUCGCUUUAGACUCGGAGUACGAGGAGGAACAAACGCCGAGAUACAGGCCCGACUCUUUGGCGAGUCUUUGUCGUGCCACCAGAUUCACAGAGGCAGAGUUGAAGAGAAUAUAUCGUGGCUUCAAGGCGGAAUGUCCCACGGGAGUCGUCAGAGAGGAAACUUUCAAGUGCAUCUAUUCACAAUUCUUUCCACAAGGAGCCAAUACUAGCCAGUACGCGCAUUACGUUUUCAACACGUUGGACCAGGAUCAUAGCGGUAUUCUCAGUUUUGAGGACUUCGUUACUGGUCUCAGCAUACUGUCUCGUGGUUCCAUCGAUGAGAAAUUGCGCUGGACAUUUUCUCUUUACGACAUCAAUGGCGACGGUUGCAUCACGAGAGAAGAAAUGACAGACAUCGUGACAGCUGUAUACGAGCUGAUGGGCAAGUUUGCCGAUCCGAAUUUGGAUCACGAGGGUGUACGUGAGAAAGUAGAUCGAAUGUUUCAGAAGAUGGACGGGAACAAGGAUGGGGUGGUGACGCUCUCGGAAUUUCUGGAAGCAUGCCGUGCCGAUCCAGAUAUUUCCACGAGUAUGGCGGCAUUGGACACGGCCUUCUGACACUCGGCACGACCACGAUACAUGCCAUGGACCUGAAAACAUUCUGUCGAUUUGGAAAUAUACAUGAAUACGAAUCGCUCAACGUUGUACCUUACCUCCUGGACCAGAGGAAACAAAUAAUUUCCUCAAGGUGUAUCACAGCGAAGAAAUCUCGACGAGCGAGCCGAGAGAAGACCUUUAGAGAAGACCUCCCACAGGUCUUAUUCCGUGCGCGAAUUUUCGGGAUCGAGGAGAGAAGGAUCUCGAGGGAAAAAAAAAAAAAAAAAAAAAAACGACGUAGAUAUUUUUCCCCCCCGCAACAACUUGCUCGAAAACGCGGUUUGUGAAAAGGGAGUGGCGUUUAAAAGAUCCGAAACGACGCGUCGUUUUUUUCACGGGUGAAAGAAUCCCCUCUUUAUCCGUCGAUAAACGGUGACCGACUUUAACGAUACGCGAACGACAUCUACCGAAGAUCGGACGAAAUCGGUCGUAAGAAAAUAAAGAUUGUUACUUUCGAGAUUCGUAGUUCUAGCUAAUUAAUCCAGUAUGCGUAUCGGUAGGUAAGAAAGGAUUAGAUGAAAGACGAUAGAAGCAAAAUAUAUAUAUAUAUAUAUAUAUAUAUUAAAGAUUAGAUAUCAAACAGAGAGAACGAUAUUAAACGAUUGUUAGAUAGUUAUGAGAACUUGUUACGAACUGGUUUCCGGUAGUUCGUUUUUUUUUUAAGGAACGCGCGCUACAAACGAUGAACGAAUAGAUAUAUAUAUAUAUAUAGAAAGAGAGAGAGAGAGAGAAAGAAAAAAAUAUUAAAAAAUGAAAGAUGAAAUGAAAUAAAUAAAAGUUAAUUUGACGUAAGAAAAUGGAUCGUAAAGGGGGAUUUUUUUUGAAACGUAAAGAAAGAAAGAAAACGUGCCAUUCGCGCGCGUUAAUUUUGUGAAAUUGUGGCGCUCUGUUCGUGCCAAAGAUAUAGAUUCCAAUAGGGGAAGACGUCGUGAGAAGCAAGAUGGUUUUGAGGCAGCCAAUCUGUGCGAGAAUAAUAAUUGAGCUCGGCUUCGACAUUUCAUUUGUAUUCCUUUUGUCGCGUUCUUCGCUUACAAAACUUAAUAUUUCAAAGGAAAAAGCAAGAAGAGAAAGAAAGAAAGAAAGAAAAAAAGAAGGAAGAUGAGAGAAAAGAGAAAGAGAGAGAAAAACAAUUUCACUUUGGCUCAUGUUUUUAUAUAUCGAGAGAGACACACGUAUGCACGAUUGUUGCAACAAACAAUGGAUUCUUAACGAUUUAAAAUAACAAUAACGAUGUAGUCUAGUUUUCUACGACAACCAUAUUUUUUUACGAAACUUAUUCUUUAUAGUAUUUAUAUUUUUAAUUGGAACCGUUGAAUUUCACCGUAGAAAUUAGCACUGUUUCUUUUUUUUUUUUAAUAAAAACAACAUUCGUUUGUCGUCGUUAAAGAGAAAAUCAUACUUUCGAUUGAAUCUUUUUAAUUCCAAUGGAGUUGCAAAAAAAAAAAAAUACGCACGAAUUCGUUUUUCAGCUUGCCGAUAAAAUAAUUCCAAUAUCCAUUACAUUAUUCGUAUCUCGUAUCUCGAAGCGAUUGCGAGAUAGAUUUUUAGUUGCGCAAUAGGGACGCGCUAUGUAGCGAGCGGAGAUAGAUCGCGUAUUCGUCGCAAGAAAUGUUCUUCCCAGACGAAAAAAAAAAAAAAGAAAAGAAAAGAGAA